GGGGCGUCAACUCUCAAGGCAAAAAAAAAAAAACACAAACCGAUAAAACUUUUAUUUUACGCAACAGCAGCCAGAACGGUGUCACACCGGUGCCAGCUCUCUCACCUCUCUUAUCGCCUGAAUUAAAAGCUGUCUUGCUCCCCAAAUGGCCAGCCCUGGUUCGGAUGCUAGACCGCAACAUCCGCACAGCGAGGCCGCCCCCGAACCGGCUGUGCGCGAGGCCCGGAAAUGGAUAGAGGCGGUCACUGGCAGAAGUUUCGGUGAGGACUUCAGAGGCAGCCUAGACAACGGAAUCCUGUUGUGCGAGUUGCUCAGUUCAAUUAAGCCUGUCCUUGUAAAGAAGAUCAACAGGUUGCCUACUCCUCUAGCUGGGCAAGACAACUUAGCGCUCUUUUUGAAAGGCUGUGAGGAGUUGGGAUUGAAAGGCUCUCAGCUGUUUGACCCAGGAGAUCUACAGGACACACGCACCACCCGAGGCUCAGACUGCAACAAGAGGCUGAAAAAUGUUCUGAUUACAAUCUAUUGGCUGGGUCGGGCAGCCAAUAGCAGUGCCACAUAUAACGGGCCCACUCUGGAUCUAAGUGAGUUUGAAGGACUGCUCUCACAGAUGCGAAAGGAGGUAGAGGACUGGGACAGCCCAAAGCGCAGCAUUAGGGAUAGUGGUUACAUCGAUUGCUGGGAGUCAGAGCGCAGUGACUCUCUGUCGCCGCCCAGGCACACCAGAGACGACUCUUUUGACAGUCUGGACUCCAUCGGAUCUCGCUCACGCCACACGCCCUCUCCGGAUGGCCUGUUUGCCCGCAGCUCCAGCGAUGGCCGUGGCAGCGACUCGGAGUGCGACAUCCCUUACAGGAAGCUACCGGAUAUGCGGCGAGAUGACAUGCUGAUGCGGCGAACAUCAUACAGUGAACCGCGUACCGCAGUGCCCUUUAAUCAGUACCUGCCAAACAAAAGCAACCAGUCAUCAUAUGUGCCCAUUCCUUUGCGUAGACAGCGCACAGAGCGUGAGGAGAGCUGCAAGAGCUGGAGCAGUGCCACCUCUCCGAUAGGAGGAGAGAGAUCUUUCAGAUUUGGCUGCAGUGAUAGUGUAUUUGAUGACCCUGAGAGUGUGAGUAUGAUUGACGUGAGGACUGAGGAUGAUGGCCUGCUUUCUCCUCACAGUCAGGUCCGACACGAGCUGAUGCACAGCCAGUAUAACAGGAUAAAGGAGGAGGACAGCCAGUGGCAGGAUGACCUGGCACGGUGGAAGAGUCGCAGGAGAAGUGUGUCUCAAGAUCUGAUAAAGAAAGAGGAAGAGAGAAAGACGGUGGAAAGACUGCUGGGCCGAGUUGAUGGCACGCAGAGGCGGAAGAGCUUUAAGACCUACAGGGAGAUAGUGGAAGACAAGGAGCGUCGUGAGCGAGAACUCCAUGAGACUUACCUGAAAGCUCGAACUCCAGAGGAGGCAGCUGCUGUACUGCAUCACUACGCCCAGCGCUUCAGUAUCAGCGAAACUGUGCUGGAGCACCUCAAACUACCCCGUGUUCUCGAGCGUAGUAUCUCUGCUGACCCCACGCACUCCAUAUCUUCCUCCAAUGACCCCGUCUUCACCUCUUCUUCCUCCUCAUCCUCCAAUCCACUGCAGUACCUUCGUCAGCAAUCCCUGCCUGCACAAAAGUUCACCACAACUGUGGAGGCCCAGGUGGCAGGAUACAGGGCAGAUCAUGUGGCUGUGGGACGGGAAGGAGGAGGUUCAGGGGCAACUCUUUCGAGCAGGAACAUCCCAUUACUUAGUGCCAAAACUUUCAGCCAUGACAGAGCAGCCAAGGGGGAUGAAAUGGAGCGAGUUAAUGGAGAAUCGGACAACGACCACAAUUCCGAAGACAAGCAAGAAUGGGGGAAUGAAACAGAAAGGAAAAAUGAUGGUGAAAAAGAGCACACUGGAGAUUUGUCUUCUUUGCUGUUUUAUCCAUCUCCUUCCCAGAACGUUGACUCGGACAUUACAGAAAUAGAGGCGUCGAGCUGUCUGUCCUCAGACAAACAAGCAGUCUCACACACGCCCGCACACACUCUGGAUGUAGACACAGCAGACUCCGAGUCAGUAGAGGAGAGUAGCUUGGUGCCAGGAUCUAAGAGACAGGAAGAAGAGGACACACAGCAAGAAGAAACACUUAGUCGCCCCACCUUCUUACCUACGCAGUCACAGCCUGAAGAAGAGGCAGUUCCUCUAGUCGAGGGCAUACUUUCAACACAGAAACAAAAGGAGCACCAAGCAGAAGAGAAUGAGAGCUGUCCAGAAGAGCCUCCAGUGGAGACCACUGACUCCGUAGGAAUCUGUCCAACUCAACUCGGCCCACAAGCCUCAUCUCUCAUAAACACUACUGAUAACCAGGCCAGUAAACCAAUCCUGGAACCCUCAGAUAGAAGUGCAAACCCACCAGCCCCAUCCGGUCUAGAACACACAACACCCAAAUUUGUCCCUGGACUCCCUGUAACAGAACCUGUCGAGAAACAUCAUGCAAAUGUGGCUCCUAUGGGUUUGAAUCUGGUGAAGCGGGGUGAGCACUUUUCAUGGGAUCCUGAAGAAGAGAGAAAACGGCAAGAAAAAUGGCAGCAAGAGCAGGAACGCAUGCUUCAGGAGAAAUACCAUCGUGAGCAGCAGAGGCUGAAGCAGGAGUGGGAGAGAGCCCAGAAGGAAGUGGAGGAGGAAGAGAGAAGAUACCAUGAAGAGGAGCGUAAGAUUCUUGAGGAAACAGUGGCUCCUCUGACGCCCAACUCUCCUCUGCCAUCCUCUCCCUGUUAUAAGAAAUCUGCUCUCACCCAGAAAAACAUUGUUUAUGACUGGGAACACAAGCAAAUGCAGUUGGAGAAACAGAUGAUGGAAACUUUGGAGAAUGGGAGGCAAAUGGAAAAUAGGAGGAAAGAACCAACAAGGACCAACAAUUCUCCAAUGCCAAGCUGUGACCAGUUACUGGGCCAGACUAAUGGACAACGAGGAGGAGGAGCAGUGGGGCAUAACAAGGUUUCUGAACACCUAUACUCCAGUCAGGAUGCCUCAUGGAGCAGCAAGCAGCAUCAGCAGCAUGCUUCAUCACAGCCCUGGCAAAAGGCUGCUUCUCAGGACAGUAACAAAAAUAUCCAACCAGCGCCUGGUAGUCGUAGAAGGUCUGGUUCCAUUGAAAAUGCUGGUGCAAAGUCAUCACAGUCAAUCUCACACACAGACACACAACCUCCAUCACCAAACAGAUCUGUGAGUGGGAAGAAGCUGUGUUCAAGUUGUGGUCAUCCACUUGGUAAAGGAGCAGCAAUGAUUAUUGAGACUCUCAGCCUUUACUUCCACAUCCAGUGCUUUAAGUGUGGGAUCUGUAAGGGACAGCUAGGUGAUACCUCUACAGGAACAGAUGUAAGGAUCAGGAACGGUCUGCUCAACUGUCAUCAGUGCUACAUCCGCUCUCGCUCUGCUGGUCAGCCCACCAACUUGUGAGCAGGUAUAAUGAUUUGGGGAAACCUAAACCUAAACAACCCAUCACAGCUUCUAAAAAUCAUCCAUUGCUUGUUGGGCUAUUCGCAUCUCCACCCUCACUGAGACCAGUGCAAGAUUUCCAAUUCAAGGCUAAUUUGCUAUUUUAUAUAUCUUCUGAUAAGUGUGUCAAAAGCCUGGUGCUUUUUUCAAGGAAGAAAUAAUCAAUGUCCACCCAGCUGAUCAAUAAAGUUCUGCAAAUGGUAGACCUUUUAGAAAACAGAUGGGUUUUAAACUAAUACAGAACAUUCCACUCAUGCUCACACUAAAACCAGCACACUACAGAUAAAAGUAUGCUGGUAAAUCAAUGAGAUGCCUAUCAUCAUUUUUGGAUGUUGAAAAGAAUCACAAAUAUAACGUCUUUGAAUGUUUUAUCCAUCACUAUGUGAAAAUAUGGUGUAUACCAUUAAAAUCUCUAUGAUUGCAAUGUUUAUCUUGAUUAUGCAGGAUUUACUUGGUGCAGUGGUAAUCCAGUCUGUACUAGUUGGGUGCCUAUUUACGGAAAAUACCAUGAAGAAAAUGUAAGCCACUGCAAACCGUUGAAAAUACAGAAAAAAAAACACCAACAUUAGCACACCAUUUUUUUAUCAUUCCAGUAAAAAAUGAGGAUUUAGAGCUGGUUUAUCUAAUCUGAAUCGUGCUCCACCUCUGAUGCUGCUCCUCCUUCAUCUUCUAUCAUGGUCUUCAUAAUGGCGGGAAGCUGGCCAUAAUUAUAGCUGGGAAGCAGACCAUAAUGGUGGCUGCACCUGAUCGAUAGACAUCCAUUUCCCCCUUUGUAUUUCCUGGGCUGAAGGGGAAAAUUGUCCUCAUGUACCAAGUAAAGGUUUCAUAGUUUGGACUGAUUAAGUAAAGCUCAUGUAUACCAACUGCUUUUGUGGUGACAAAAGCAAUUACAUAUGUCUUAAGGUCAUUUUAAGAUAAUUUUGGUUUAUUAGUGGAAGGUAUAUUAAUGCAUUGAAACAAUGUGCCUUAGAAUGAAUGAUUGCACAAAAAGCAGCUUGAGAUAUCAAAUCCAAAGGCCUUUGUCUUUACACAGGACAAAGUAACAUUUUUUUGGCCACAGAGAAGGAACAUUUAAGAGGGAAAUUUAGAAAAACAAAAUAUCUUUUUCUGCUCUCUGCAUAUUGCAAUGUGUAACCCCUGUGCUCUCAUAAAUAAAGGUUUCAAAGGUUGUACUUUUCCUUUGUCUGGAAUAGUAAUAUAAAGAGUACAGAUUUUUUUUUACCUUCAGUUUGUAUCUUUCAAUGCGACACAUGAAUAUAGUAUGCCUGAUAAUAUCUAAUAACACCAUAUAGAACAUAAUUUGACUGUGGUUGUAAAUUUCAUACUGCUUUCCAAUUCAAAGAUAACAUAUUAAUGUACAAAAUAAUGUACUUUUGACUGUUCCAACCCAAUGACAAGGAAAAGUGAGUUUGGUACCUUUAUUUCUAAGAGUGUACUUUAGACGUAUUUUCUAAACCCGGUGAUCUGUAUAUGAAUGAAUGAAAAAACACCUGAGGGUUUCUGCACACAAAUAGUAACACCAGGCUUAUGUUUAUUUUAGAAACGGUUUAUAAUCUGCCUAGACACCACUCCACUAGCAAUGCUUAGCAUAGCUUUUUCCACGAUAUGUACCUGAACAUAAGGGCAGAAAGCUCAAAAGCUUCAGAAAUCAAUUAAUGUUAAGCUUUCGAGAAUUUUGAUCACUGGACAUUAAAUAUGCUCUCAUAAUUUCUUGUAUAGUCAGUGUUCUGCGCUUUGGCUCUGGAUGUGUAGCUAUUAGUCACAACAGGCAUAUAGGCUACAUACAAAGCAGGUGCAGUUUGAUAUGGUCUAGGAUGAAUGACCUACCUUGGAAAUGCAAUCAAAUCUAAGGUAUAUUUAUUGUUAUCUUCAAAUGUACACUAUCCGAACAUAGAUUACUUUGUUGUUCCAAUGCGAUGGCUUUACAGUAUACUCUAUGUUUUUAAAUAAAACUCCUUAAAAAGAG